AUGGUCUGGUACUAUACUGAACUAUAUUUAGUUCUGAUCUAUUUCAUUAGUUUAUUAGAUAUUGCCACAGCAUCUGAUCAUUCUAGGGGACAAGAUUUUGCUCCAUAUCAUUUCACCGAUAAGGAAUUGAUCUAUUAUCGAAAUGAGGUGAAAAGCUUGUUUUAUGAAAGUUUGGACAAUUAUUUGGAAAUUGCAUAUCCAUUUGAUGAACUAUUACCUAUAUCAUGCGUGGCAAAGAAAAGGAAUUUCGAUGAUCCCGGUGAUAUUAUUACCAAUGAUGUAUUAGGAAAUUUCACGACAACAUUAAUUGACGCUUUGACAACAGUUGCUGUGUUUAAUGAUAGGGAUAAAUUUAAAGAAUUAGUAAACUUAGUGAAAGAGACUUUCCCCAAUGGGUUCGCCAUUGAUUCGACGAUUCAAGUCUUUGAGACAACAAUAAGAAUUCUGGGUAGUUUAAUAUCAGCUCAUUUGUAUGCGACCGAUCCGUCCAAAAAAGUAUUUUUAGGGGACGAUUACGAUGGAUGUUUAUUGGAUCUGGCGAUAGAUCUAGGCGAUAGAUUGUUACCUGCAUUUUUAACAAAUACAGGUCUUCCAGUUCCAAGAAUAAAUCUAUUAACAGGCCUUAACGGAUUGACUAUGGAUUUGGUUCAAGAAAAUAAUGUUGCAGCUCUAGGAUGUCCAAUGUUCGAAUUUACUAUGUUAUCUGUCCUUACAAAUGAUGCAAAAUAUGAGAUUAUGACACGAUACGCUUUUGAUAAAGUAUGGUCUCUAAGAUCGGACUUAGAUCUUCUCCCAAUGUCUUUGAACCCUCAGACCUUGGCUGUAUAUACACAAAUAUCGGGAAUUGGUGCAUCGAUUGAUUCUAUAUAUGAGUAUGCUUUGAAAGGUGCUAUCCUAUUUGACGACCAGGAUUUGUAUGAAGUAUGGCAUGACUCUUAUACUGCUUUGAACAUUAAUUCGAAACAAGAUUGGCUCUAUGCUAACGUACAUCAGUAUACUAGUAUGUUGGCUACCCCUUGGAUCGAUUCUUUAAGUGCCUUUUUUCCAGGUUUGCAAGUCCUAAAUGGUGAUAUCGAAGCUGCAACAUACCAAAAUUUGAUGUCUCUGAAAUUGUGGGAUACGUAUGGCGGUAUACCUGAACGUUGGAAUUUCCAACCAGACUGUCCGUUGCAAGGUCUCAAUAAUUCAGAAUUAGUUGAUAAAGUUUUACCAUUGGAAUGGUAUCCGUUAAGACCAGAAUUUAUAGAGUCAACUUAUUACCUAUUCCGUGCAACAAACGAUCCAUUCUACCUCAAUACUGGUGCCCAUAUUUUAAAAGAUUUAAAAACAAGAUUUAAACAAAAAUGUGGUUUGGCUGGAAUUCAAGAUAUUAGAACUGGAGAACCUCAAGAUAGAAUGGAAUCUUUUGUUCUCAGUGAGACAUUGAAAUACUUAUUUUUACUAUUUGACGAUAAAAAUGAAAUACACAAAACGAGAGAUAAUAUAAUAUUCAGCACCGAAGCCCAACCUAUGUGGAUCUCUACUGAACUGAAGCACAGAUAUUCAAGGAAUAGAUAUUUCAAUGAAACUAUAUAUGUUGAUCAUAUUAGAUACGUUGUUGAUGAAGAUAAAAGGAAACUGGAAAAAGAAUUAAAAAAUUCAAAAAAUUCAAAACAAUUUGACUUGGUUAAAGGUAUUAAGAGAAUUUAUAACGAAGAAGCAAUGAGCCCUGCAAUGCAACAAAUACAUGAUCGCUUUAAGUAUCAAAUAUCAGAAUAUUACAAACCAGGAAUGUGCGUGAUUUCUAAUUUCACGCAACAUAAAGACAGAUACCAAAACAAGGUAAUGCUAAGUUCAAACCUAUUAAAUAACUUUUCUAAACUGUUUGAAAUUGAAAAUAUCUAUAAUGAAACUUUAAUCAAACCAGACUAUUUGAAAUACUAUGACCAAAUGGAAAUCAAUGACCAAUUUUACAAAAUUUGGAGCUCCGGUAAAGCGAUCUCGACACCUUCUUCAAGUACAUUCUCUAUGGAUAUCGUAAUAGAUCUUCCCGGGAAGUUGCGCUGGAAUAUGUUAGGCAACGGUGAUAUUCAAUUGGAUACAAUGUACGGUAGAAGAAAGAUCAGGCUUGAAAAGAUAUAUCCAAAUGAUUUGGAUACCUAUGGAAAUUAUGCUGAAGAAACUGUAUUUAGUCGAUUGGAUAGGAACGAUAUUAGGAGCGAAAGGUGUAUUGAAGUUGGCAACAAUACUAGUGUACCAUAUAUAUAUAGAGCAACAAGAAUCAAUGGUAUAUUUUUAUCGGAAAGCAAUAAUAUCUACAUUAAUAAAAAAGCUUUCAUUUCAGAUGAAGCCCACGAAGGAGGUGCAAAAUUCAAUUUAUUCGAUAAUUUUGGUCUUAACAAAGAUCACCAUUUGUUACUAGAAUGUAUUCCAAUUGUUAAUAUCUUUUUAGAAUAA